AUGAGGCGAGUUUCGGUACUUGGCGUCCGUCUGGCGACGCUCGCCCUCCUUACCCAGAUCCUGAUGAUGACGUCAGCGACCGCCUUGUCGCUCCGUAGCACCAGUGGCAGUGAGGACGCCACUGUUGCGGAGCUAUUGGCCAAUGUCCAAGCGGCUGUGGUCGACGACCCGGCGCUUGCCAAUAUGUUCGACAUCUCGAACGCCAGUGAACUGAGCGAAGAGGAGCUCACGUCGCUUUUGCGGGACCUUCUAACCUCGAGUGUCAUCGGCACGUCGAGCGCCAGUGCAAGUGGGAGCGGGUCGGGCUCGCUCGAAGGGUCGAUGGAACGGCCCAUAGAAGAUGGUGGGUCAGCGACGGGUCCGACAGACCCAUCGGGUUCUCUAAAGAGCUGCUCGCUGUCCAGGACAAUAGCAGUCUUGGCGACUGUUGCGGCACUUGGUGUGGCACUUGUGUAA